CGAGCGUUUUGCUUCUUCAGGUCGGCUCUGCAGCGAAGCUCCGUUCCCGGUCUUCGGCUGGCUGCGGACCCCGCGCCCCUACCUCGGCUGCGGCGAGUCACGUGGCUUCUGGUGUGGUUGUCGCUCGGGCUGCUCAUGACGCAGGACCUGAGUGCCGUCGUGAACGACUACCUCUGUUUCGACGACAUCGUAACCGUAUCGGUACACGAGCCGGCGCGACACACCUUCCCCGCUGUCACCGUGUGCAAUAUGAACCCGAUGCGUCUGUCGGCCCUUUGCACCCCUCGCCUGUUGCCUGUUCACGAGCACGACUGGUCAUUGAAGUACUGGAGACGCCUCGUCUGUAACUCCACUACUCACUGGGACAUCGCGUUGAGCGAGGAGGACCUGGAACGCCAGCGAGAGCUGACCGAAUGGAGCAAGACAGUGUUCCGCGACAACCGAUUCGCCAAUCUUCACCUGGGACACCAAAUGAAGGACAUGGUGCGACAGUGCACCUUAAAUGGCGAAGACUGCCGUGAGGGCGGGUACGCGGCACGUGGCCGAUUUGUUGAUCAUGUUUGGGACGGUGGCAAAGCGUUUGAAAAAACGAGGCAGUAG